CAUCCUCCCCGAAUAGCCACGUCUCUAAUCGGACGGGAGGACCAAGCGACUUCCGACUUGGGCCGCUGUGUACAGGAUGGUGCACUCGCCAUCGAACUGUGUCGGUGACUCGGCAGGUCCGUUGCUCGGGCUGGUCUGACCGCCCUUCAGCGACAGGCGGUGACCACCUUCCGCAGCUCCUGCCCCCCCCCCCCCGCCUCGAGCCAUGGCCGUCCCCGCCAAGAGCCUCCGUGUCGGCGACAUCCACGACUCGGCGUCGCUCUUCGAGCGCUACAGCACCGAGGAGAUCCGGCAGGUGGAGCGGCGAGUCCGCGCUGAGAUCGAGCAGAAGAAGGAGGAACUGCGCCAGAUGGUGGGCGAGAGGUACCGGGACCUAAUCGAGGCGGCCGACACCAUCACCGAAAUGCGGCUCUGCUCCGAGAAAGUGGUGUCCUCGGUGCAGGAGAUGUUCGACUACUGUACCCGGAUCAAGCCAGGUGCCCCCGGCAGAGCUGCUGCUCCCACCUCCCGGAGUAACCAGGUUCAGCAACAGUCCCAGGAGAAAUUCUACAGCAUGGCAGUGCAGAUUAAACUCCUUCUGAAUAUGCCAGAGAAGAUUUGGAGUGCCUUAGAAUCAUCACAUUAUCUCUAUGCUACUCAGAUGUACUUGCUAUGCUGCCACAUUCAUAGCAUUCUCCAGUUGGACUCCUCAGGUUCCCAUUACAGUCCUGUCCUGGCGCGAUUCCCCAUCCUUGUACGACAGGUCGCAGCAGCAGGCCAUUUCAGAUCAUCCAUUUUGCAGGAAAGUAAAGCACUUCUUAAGGGCCGUGCUGUAUCAGACCAGGCAAUCGCAGAGGCUCUCUGUUCCAUUAUUCUGCUGGAAGACAGUUCGCCACGCCAGGCCCUCACUGAUUUCCUUUUAGCUAGGAAAUCAGCAAUACAGCAGUUACUGAACCAACCCCACCAUGGAGCUGGGAUCAAGGCACAGGUGUGUUCGUUGGUUGAACUGCUAGCCACCACAAUGUAUCAGGCUCAAGCUCUGUUUUGUACCCCAAGUCAAGGAAAAGCACAAGAUUCCACACUCACCUCUGGCCUUCUCUUUACUACCUUGGAAUCCAUCACAAGUGGGUCCCCAACAGAGAAAGGAAUCACUAUGUUAAAGGAAGAAGUGAAAUCUGAGAGUUGGUUCAAGUACUUGCCGCCUUCCAUUGUGAAUUUUCAGCCGUCUCUGAGGACACUUGCUCAUCCGAUAAGCCAUGAUUAUUUGAGAGACACUCUUCAGCAAUGGAUCAACAUGUGUAAGGAUGACAUAAAAAUGGGGAUUGGGAAUCUGCUGAUCUAUGUGAAAAGUCUGAAGGGUCUUGCUGGAAUCCGAGAUGCCGUGUGGGAACUCCUCACUAGUGAAUCAAUAUAUCAGAACUGGGAAACUGUUUGCUACCGACUCCUGGAGAAGCCUUUCUCCUUCUGGGAAGAUUUCCUUCAGCAGCUCUUCCUUGACAGAUUACAGGCACUGACAAGAGAAGGUGUAGAAUCGAUCUCGCACAGUUCCAAACAACUCUUGAUUUCAGCGCUACAGGAGCUUUGGGCCAAAAAUACCAGCACUGCCCUUAAUAAACCUGUUGAGUUUGAAUACAAUGUUGCUGCAUAUCUUUGGUCGGAGAGCAAUAAUGAUCUUUUACCAGACACUGCUUGGGUCAGUGUAACAAAUCGUAGUAACUUUGUUAAGAGUGGACUUUCCAUGAAGACUCAGGCUCUCACACUUUGUGUUCAAAGUUUCUGUUCAGCACUCGAUUCCAAAUUAAAACUUAAACUGGAUGAUUUAGUGAUGUACCUUCCACCAGCUGCUUCCAACUUAAAAGACAAUGUCAAUGACUAUUCAACCCAACAGCUACAGAAUUCUGCAUUUGAUAGAUACGCUGACACAGCGAAGGUGGAAGAGAUGCUGCAGACAGAGUGUGUUGCUUGUGUGCAGUACAUUCUGAACUGUGUGAGAGCAGAGCUUAAAAUGGCAGAGGAGAGACUGCAAAGCUGCCCUUACUCUCCCAAUGAUUGUAAUCUCAACACCAUCCUUUUUAUGGCACGAUUGUGUCAGUCCAUAGGGGAGCUCUGCCCUCAUCUCAAGCAGUGCAUUUUGGGCAAGUCAAGUAGUAACGAUGUUGUAUGUGAGCUCCGUCCUGUCAAGAAGCUGGGCAAAGGGAAGCUUCAAGAAGUGAGGCCAGCACAGGCGAAGUGGCAGGAAAUAAAGGAUCAACUGCUGCAACAGAGCAUGAGUGCGUAUCGAAUUUGGAAUGUUGCCAUAUCAAAGGCUUUAGUUUCCCGUUUCACCCAAACAUUGCACUCUCAUACAGCUGGGGCUGUUCUGUGCACAGCAACCAGCUGGGAUGAAAUUGAAAUUCAAGAGGAAACAGAAGCUGGGAAUAGUGUGACAUCCAGAAUCCGUCUUCCUGUACAGCCUUCUUGGUAUGUUCAGUCACUUCUCUUUAGUUUAUGCCAAGAAAUAAACCGGGUCGGAGGUCAUGCUCUUCCUAAGGUCACACUUCAGGAGUUGCUGAAGUCCUGUUUGGAUGAGGUGCUUCCUGCUUAUGAAAGACUGUGUUCCACAAAACUGGAUGAGGUUGACUCUGCAUUCCCUUUAACCCAGAACAGAGCUUUGCAACUACUUUUUGAUCUUAAAUACCUCAGUUCAGUUUUAACAGUCAGAAAUGAAGAAGUGAAAAGCAGCAGGCAUCAGCAAGACCCAAGGGUUCAAAAUGUGUCAGACACUUUGGAAAGCCACAUUGAUCCAUUUGAUUUGGAUGUUUUUACUCCACACCUUAACAACAAUCUGAGUAAGCUUUCUCAAAGGACUUCAGUGCUUUUUGGAUUAUUAACUGGCACAGAGAAACAAUACACUAACAGAAGUACAAUAUUUAACUCACAAGAACCUCAUAAUAUCUUGCCUUUGGCUUCCAGUCAAAUCCGAUUUGGUCUACUGCCACUUAGUAUGGCAAGUUCCCGAAAGCCAAAAUCAUCUGUCCGAGCAAGUGAAGUUAAGAGUCAGAUACUGCCCACAUCGGUCACAGAAGAAGAUAGUCUGAAGCCCGGCACCUUAUUUCAUCAGCUGGCUUCUUUACAGGAUGAUGAUACAUCCUCAUCUUCAGCAACAUCGUCACUCUUUAAAUUAGGCUGGCUAUCAAGUAUGACCAAAUGAUAACGACAACUUUGGGGAGGAGGCAACUUUUGAUGUAGAUAUCAAUUAAUAAAUACAAAAAUAAAAUUGACUUAUUGACUCUGAAAA